AUGGCCUUCCGCCUGUUCGAGGAGAAGCAGCAUGCCUCCGUCUACCAGAAGUUUCGCUUCAUCCCACCAGAGGAGGUCAAGACCAUCAUCCUCGACUACCUGGACAGAAAGAAAGAGAAACCCCAUGUGCUGGCUGUAGAUCUGGGCUGUGGGACGGGCCAGAACACCAGGCUUCUGGCUCCUCAUUUCCAAGAGGUGGUGGGUCUUGACGUCAGCGAAUCCCAGCUGGCGGAGGCAAGAGCCGUGCCUGGAUUCUCCAACAUCACCUACAGAGCUGGCAGUGCCGAGGAGAUGCCUUUCCCAGACAGCUCAGUGGAUCUGAUCACAGCUGCAUCUGCAGCACAUUGGUUUGACGCUGAGAGGUUCCUGAAGGAAGCCCACAGGGUCCUCAAGCCACAGGGCUGCAUGGCGCUGCUGGGCUUCGCUAGCAACAUAGAGUUCCACUAUGGAAACUGUGAAGGACGACUCACUUCCAUCUACAGAGAGCUUGAGGACGCCCUGUUACCAUACACCAGCCAGAAGGUCACUAUGGCUAAUUCGAUGUUACAGGAUCUGUUUGAGGCCAUCCCCUACACCGACAAAGAAAGGGUUGGAGACAUAGAAAUGAACAUUUUCAGACCGGUGAGCAGCGUUGUGGGUUUUUGUGAGUCCUUCUCGAUGUACCAGGCGUAUCAGAAGGCAGAGCCAGAGGCUGCGAGGGCGCUGCUCCAGACCACCCAGCAGAGGUUUCUAGAGGAGAUGAAAGUCUCCUCCCCAGAGACGGAGGUGGAGGUCAGGAUGAAGUAUUUCUGCGUGCUGGCCAGCAAGCCGCGCUAACGAGCCCAACACUUUUGUCUUUAGCUCCAAGAGAAAGAUUUCCUUUUCUUCUUCUUUGGAACACUUCUGAUUUUAGGGAAUUAUUUGUCUUUCAUGUUUCGCCCAUUCCCAUUGCACAGGUUGUAAAACUCUUUGUCUAGCAUGCUAAAUGUUCAGUUCCCAUGGGAUUACAUCACCCAGUAAGAAAACGUUUAUUGAGCAAUGAGGCAGAAGAAGCUUUAGCUUAAUCUUUGCUGCAGAGGAGAUGUGGUAGAGAGGGGAUGGAGAGUUGAAUGUGUGCAAGAGAGAGAUGCUCACUGUGUUUUCCAGAAACUGGCAUCAUGGAAAUUAAUUUUACACACUGAACUUCCUCUACAGAUAUGCUCCCUCCAAGCCACGUUAUUUCACCUCUAACAUCCAGCGUGUGCAGACUCUCAUUAAAGAUUAUUGUAAAGCGAC